AUGGUAGUCGUUGACUAUACAAUCCACGAUCUCAUCCGUCGUAAUGACCACGAUCAAAAUGGUGAUAGAACUGAUAGAAGUCAACAAUUAUUGUUAAAUGAGGACGCUGUUGUCGAUUUAGCCAUUGCAAACUUUUGUCCACGACUACGUGAAGCUAUUAGCGCUCUUUCACGUCAUAAAAUUGGCCCAUUAAAACAACGUGUGCAUUUAUCAGAUUUUCAAAGUUCUACCCUAUCUUCUUUACCAACAGAUGAUUUGAGUUCGAAUAUAUUGCCUUCUCGCAACGAUAAGUUUGUUCUUUCCAUACCAUAUUUAUUUGAAGAGAAUUUACCAGUAACUAGUCAAAAUUUUAUGGUACGAUGGUCUAUAAUAGCACAGUGUGGUCAUCCAGAUAAGGCUCCAGAAGUUAUUUUAUUGGAAACGGAUAAUUCAUCUAUAAAUUUAGGACAUAGUGAAGGAACAUUACGUAGAAUACAACAAAGUCGUCAGUAUCAAACUAAUCAGAUUUUUCAAGAACGUUAUUGGCAACAAUAUGUGGCCAGUGAUGCAUUUUACAUACAGUGUUUAACUAAAUGGGGCAAAAUGAAUAACAGUUCAACUCUAUUGCAAUACUGUUUAUUAGCAGAUCAGUUAUAUGAUUGUUAUGCUAAUUUCCAGCUUUAUAAACUCAAGAUUUCAUUAAAAUCUACACCAUCGAUGUUACAACCACCUCCACAACUUGUUCUAGCAUAUACUCAAUACAAACAACUGACUAAAUUGUCUAAAUUAAACAUGCCAGAAUUAGGUAAUGUUAUAACCGAUAUCAAUGUUGACAUUUUUGUCGAUUUAGAAAAUGGCAUUAAUAAUUAUGAUGAUUAUCGUAAUCAAAUAACUCCUUCUGCUACAGUACGCAUGCGUGCUAUAAUCAGUAUGAUUCCAUCAGAACAAACAGUAUCAGCAACAUCAUUAACUACUGAAACUACUGAUUUUAGUAACAAUGACAGAAAAGUAUUACAGCUGGCUUCAGUAACUGGAGUUUUUUUACCAACUGGUAAUAAAAAUGCAACCAAAUCAAAUAACACCAAUGCUACUUCAAAUAAAAAGUUUGUAGUAAGAAUUUUAAGUUCAAAAUUAUGCCGUACAACACCACAAGGGACCAUGAUGUCAAUUAUGUUAAAUGCUAUAACAGAUCAAUGUUUAGACUCAACAGUGAUGGAUUUUGUAACAUAUGUACGCAGAGUGCAACAGGCUGCAGUUCAAUCUUAUAAUUAUGACAACAGUAAUAUUCAAAAAGAAAAAUCACCAUCUGAUGUCAGUGAUAAUUAUUCAAUGAAAUUAUUACUUGAAGCUCUUAACGAAGCAUUUUGUGAUUAUCCAUCUAAUGGUAAUUGUCUAUUAGAUUAUCAAAUAGACGAUAAUGAAACACCUACUAAGAAUACCACUAGUUUUAUUCGUUUUUUAUUGAUUGAUGGAGAUGGAGUUACUGAAACUACACAACUUAAAUACAUAUUAACUAUUGAAUAUAAUAAAGAACUCUAUGAAAAAUUACAAAGUUCAACAGAUUUGGAAAAUACUAAUCUAUUGAAUACUAAAAAAUCAGUUCCUAUUAUAGCAUUACGCUCUGUUUAUGAUGAUGAAGGUAGUGAUAAUUACUUGAAUAUUGAAAUUGAUGAUAAAAUUGAAACCGAUAUAAACUCUGUUAAAUAUAAUAGUGAGUUAGCCAAAAUUAUUAAAGUUGUUACCAUAAAUGAGAUGCGAAAAUUGCGGAAAGAUGUGUUAAUUCCAGUGUUGACACGAUAUAAUAAAGAAUGGGCGCCCACUGAUCCAUAUUUUAAGGCUUCUUUAAGUACCCCACCCCCAUAUCCUACAACACUAUAGAAUACAAAGAAUACAACCUAAUUAAUUUAAAUCUUUUUUUCAUUGUCUUCGCUUAAGUUUAUGAAAUUUGUUGUUAUAGUUAAAUUUUGAAUACAAUUAAAUGGUUAAGAAACCAACUAAAAACAAAUUUUAUUUUGUGCUAAGAUAAU